AUACUUUUUAUUUCCAUUGGUUCAUACAUGAAGCUUGUGUUUUCAGUACAAGCCUACGUAACAAAGACUCUAAAUUUCAGAUUUCAUUGGACUUCUCGGCGACCAAAUUACGACCAAUGAAAAGCUGGCUCCUGACCCCACCCCUAGGAAAGCGUAUAAAGACCUUAAGACGUUAAAACCUAGCUUUGUAGUAAAGCUGCAAAAGUUAGUUUUACUGUAAAGUCAUGUCUGGCCGCGGUAAGCAAGGAGGCAAGGCCCGCGCCAAGGCCAAGUCGCGGUCGUCCCGCGCCGGGCUGCAGUUCCCGGUGGGGCGCGUGCACCGGCUGCUGCGCAAGGGCAACUACGCGGAGCGGGUGGGUGCGGGCGCGCCCGUGUAUAUGGCGGCCGUGCUGGAGUACCUGACGGCCGAGAUCCUGGAGCUGGCGGGCAACGCGGCCCGUGACAACAAGAAGACGCGCAUCAUCCCGCGCCACUUGCAGCUGGCCAUCCGCAACGACGAGGAGCUCAACAAGCUGCUGGGCAAGGUGACGAUCGCGCAGGGCGGCGUCCUGCCCAACAUCCAGGCCGUUCUGCUGCCCAAGAAGACCGAGAGCCACAAGACUAAGAGCAAGUGA